GUUGCUAGGGAGGGCGGAGGACAAGCCCUUAGCGACGGGCCUCUUUCUGCCGCUCCGCGAGGCCCGAUGGCGGCCGCCUCUUGCAGCCCCACCGUUUUCCUCCUCAUGGUCAGCGGGCAGAUCGAGCGGGCGCAGUUUCCGGAGUUCGACGACCUCUACUGCAAGUACUGCUUCGUGUACGGCUCCGACUGGGCUCCGACGUCGGGUCUGGAAGAAGGCAUCUCGCAGAUCACGUCCAAGAACCGAAACGCCCGGCGAGACCUGGUGUGGAACUUCCCCAUCGACGUCACCUUCAAAAGCACCAACCCCUUUGGCUGGCCGCAGAUAGUCAUCAGUGUGUAUGGCCCGGAUCUUUUUGGGAAUGACGUGGUUCGGGGAUACGGAGCUGUGCAUGUCCCUUUUACACCAGGCAGGCACGAGAGAGUCCUCCCAAUGUUCGUUCCAGAAUCAACCUCCAGACUGCAAAAAUUAACAAGCUGGCUGACGGGCAGAUAUCCAGAGUUCACUGACCCCAAGGUGGUAGCCCAGGGUGAAGGCCGUGAAGUGACCAGAGUGCGCUCGCAAGGUUUUGUCACUCUUUCCUUCAACGUGGUGACCAAGGACAUGAAGAAACUAGGCUACGACGUGAGCUCACCAAACCUCGCCAGCUCCUCGCUAACCUCGGUGACAGACGGAAUGCACAAUUUCUAAACUGGCAGUUUUGGGCGGACGCUGGCCUGCAAGACACAACUCCCAACAGAGCUGAUCAAAGACAGCAGACAAAAGCAUUUCUGUACCCACCAAGGAAGAGGAACUCGGACCAGACCAAACCGCUGCAGCUGUAUAGAAAUCACAAUGCCUGAAGGGUUUGCAAAGAGUGUGGGUCUGCUGAGCCAGCUAUUGCUACAAUAAGCCGUUUGCAGUAUGUUGUCCUUCGAGAUGGGCAGGGAGCAACUGCUCUGCUUUUAGGGGCAUUUCCUGUGCGGGACAGAAACAUCCCUGACUUUCAAGUGGACUUCUGCUACAAGUUGAGUUGAAACUAUUUCUGCUUGUAUGUGCACACUCUCUCUCUCUCACACACACAACUUCAACCAGACAGUCAGUGUUCAUCUGGAGGGGCUGGAUGGGAAAUGAGACUUUCCAGUGACACCAUUUUUUUACUAUUUGUCCCAUGUUAGCACUCUGACAUGGCAAGCUGAAGUUUGCGUCUGUGGGAGCGUAAGAAGUAGGAAGAAGAAAGAAGAAAUGAGUUUUAAAAUAUGCAAAUUAUUUCCAAUUCCAGUAUGACAAGUAGGAUUUAAAACAAAGCCCUGGUUUUAAUUUUUUUUUUUAAGUUACAGGUUUUAUAAGAAUCUCUUCUCCCAGUAAAAGUCUUCACUGUGGACUCGAUUUGCAGUUUAAAAUACAACUCUGUUUAGGAAUUUGUACUAUUUUCCAAAUAAAUGUAUUAUUUCAUUUACUGACAAAA